AUGUGUGUUGUCAUCAGAGGUGAUGAGUUCCAGUUCCCGCUCCGCCCCUGGUCCAUGCAUCCCGCGUUGAUACCCCCUGCCGUUUGCCCGGAUAUGCUUGAGAUGUCAGGUACGCAUGAGACACUUAUCGGGUUGCGCAGGGCAAGAAUCAUCCGUGAGCCAAAGGGGACGGUGUGGGUCGCAGGCGAGCGUGCAAAUCAAAUCGAAGAGUGGCGGCAUGCGGUUCUCACGAAGCUGGCAUGCUUCCGAGAACUGCAGGCGGUGUACAUGCCUGCAGCCGCCGCUAUCAUUGAGGAGGCUGAAGCCCGGCGCGUCCGUUCAGCUUCAAGCCCUCGGCCUGAACACAUCAAGCUAUGGAUGCCGAGCGAGAUGCCCUCAUCGUUGGGUCCAGCGCGGGGUUGUGUGGCCAGGUUGUGUGACAUUGAGACGAAGCUGCGGGUGGCGCAGUGCGAGAACUCACUCACACUGGUUCGGGCGCGUCUGCAUGCAAAGAGGCACCUGAUCAGCUUCCGAAAUGCGAACGUGACUGGCCAGAACCAGUCAACAAAGGCACGGACACUGAUUAGCAAAGUCGGGGAGAAGGUGACAGCAAGCGCCAACCGGUAUCGAAGGGGACGGCAGGCUCUGGUGGAGGCUGGCCGCUUGGAAAAGUUCCAGCAUCUGCAAGAGCUCAAGGAUGAGCACCUGCAGAUGAGUGGUGCAGCUAUGGAGACGGACACAGAAAGGACAGAUGCUUGGACAGCAAAGUAG